UAUGUACAACUUGGGACCACAAUAGAUGAUGCUAUUGGUGAGGCAUAUGACAAGAUAGCAAAAUGGCUUGGUCUUGACUUGAGGAGAAGUGGUGGGCCAGCUAUAGAAGAGCUUGCCCGAGAGGGUGAUGCAAAAUCAAUCAAAUUCUCGUAAUGCUACAAUUCCUGUUUCUUCAGCAACUAGCGAAGAUAGAAGGUCUCAAGCUGAUAUUGCUGCCUCUUUUCAGAGAGUUGCAGUAUUACAUCUGGAAGAAAGGUGUGAACGAGCAAUUGAAUGGGCUUUGAAGAUUGAACCUUCUGUAAAACAUAUGGUUGUGUCUGGUGGUGUUGCAUCUAAUCAAUAUGUUCGAGCUCGACUUGAUCAGGUUGUCAAGAAAAACAACUUACAACUUGUAUGCCUUCCUCCCAGUCUUUGUACAGACAAUGGUAAUUCAUUUUAUUUAGUUUUGGCUCAACUUGUGGUGUUGGUAUCGAUUAGCAAUGGCAGUGAAGCACGGGCUCCACUGAAACAGAACCGCCAGAUCUCAUUCCCUAUUGCGGUUUGCAGAUCUCAAUUAGGUUUUGCUUUGGCUUUGCAGUUGGGGGAAAAAUUACCUUACUUGCUUGCAAUUGCUCUCUUCUUUGCUUUAGAGAAGCAGAAAGAGUGA